GCUGCUUGUCGGCGACUCCACCCCUCCUGCAGACGAAGGCAUGGCGAGCACCGAGGCUAGAAGGGAGUGUGAGACAGAGGGCUGCAGCAAGGACGCUAAACUUCAGUGUCCCACAUGUAUCAAGCUUGGUAUUCAAGGCUCCUAUUUCUGUUCACAGGAAUGUUUCAAAGGAAGCUGGGCAUCUCACAAGCUGCUGCACAAAAAAGCAAAGGAAGACAAGAACCAGAAUGAAUCUAAGAACUGUGUGGAGAGAGACAUCAACACAGACCCAUGGUCUGGUUACCGCUAUACAGGAAAACUACGCCCUCACUACCCACUGACUCCUAUGAGGCCUGUGCCUGGUGACAUCCAAAGACCCGACUAUGCCGAUCAUCCCAGAGGGAUGUCUGAGUCCGAGCAGGUUUUGAAGGGAACGUCACAGAUCAAGAUCCUUUCCCCCGAGGACAUUGAAGGCAUGAGGGUCGUGUGCAAGCUGGCACGAGAAGUCCUGGACAUCGCUGCUGUGAUGGUGAAACCGGGUGUAACAACAGAGGAAAUUGACCACGCUGUACAUCUGGCCUGUACAGCAAGAAACUGCUACCCCUCCCCUCUCAACUACUACAACUUCCCCAAAUCCUGCUGCACGUCUGUUAAUGAAGUCAUCUGCCACGGCAUACCGGACAGAAGACCACUGCAAGACGGAGAUAUCCUCAACGUGGACAUCACUGUCUACCACAACGGUUUCCAUGGUGACCUCAACGAAACCUUCUAUGUCGGAGAGGUGGAUGAAGGGGCAAAGAAACUGGUCCAGACUACAUAUGAAUGCCUUAUGCAAGCCAUUGACUCUGUGAAGCCUGGCAUUCGCUACAGAGAGUUGGGUAACAUCAUCCAGAAGCACGCUCAGGCCAACGGCUUCUCCGUGGUGCGAAGCUACUGUGGCCACGGCAUCCACAGACUUUUCCACACCGCUCCCAAUGUGCCACACUAUGCCAAAAACAAAGCAGUUGGAGUCAUGAAGCCUGGCCAUGUGUUCACCAUUGAGCCCAUGAUAUGUGAAGGUGGCUGGCAAGACGAGACGUGGCCCGACGGCUGGACGGCGGUGACCAGAGACGGGAAGCGCUCGGCUCAAUUCGAACACACCCUGCUGGUGACGGAGACCGGCUGCGAGAUCCUGACCCGCCGCCUCGAGGACAACGGACGCGCUCAUUUCCUGAGCCAAGUGUAGGCCGGAGCGGAACGCACCAAGGACUGGACUUUUCCAGACACCCAGCACCUCUGGGUCUCACACACAGAAAAAACACACACUCACACACACACGCACACACGCACACACACACAUUUCAAAUCAAGAGGCACCACUCCUGGAGCUCAGCAUGAGUGCAGCUCUCACGGUUCUUUGAAAUAAAUAUCGGUUCCUCAAUCUAAAUGGAAGUACUUGAAUGUGUCUUAUAACAAAUGUGGAUUGCUUUAUUAGUGAAAACUGUAUCCUCUGGAGGAAAUAUAAAAGUAUUUAUGAGAUUUGGUUUUGCUUAGUGGCUGGCCAGGCUUGACAUUGGGCCUGUUUUUAAACUCUGGCUCACCCGGAGCUUUCACUGGCUUGACUAGUUGUCGUCCGUGGCGCGGUGGAGCUCGGGACAAAACUCAACUAGUACAGCACGCUUCGCUUCUUUUCUCUCAGCCUCUGCUAACUCAAUCACAUCUUAUGAAUUUACCAGAGAUGGAUUGAAAAGAAUCAGCAAUACUAGAGGCACAGUAAGGUUCCAAGACUCGCCAACUCAAAAAAUGUAGGCAUAAAGAAAACAUCUUAUUCAAGUUUGCAACUAAAAGCAUGCUCAGGCAGCCGUAUUGGAUCUUGGAUCUUCAGUGCCGAUGCAACAGAAGCAGAGUUCAGUUAAUUUUCUAAAGGUUUAAAAACUGGCAAUAGCGCUUUUCUUUUCUUGCCAAGAGUGACAUGAGAGGAUUGAAACCACUCUCAUAUCUGUCCUGUUUAUGUGAAGCGACAGAGCUUAGCCUGGCUUAAAAUAAAGCAAACAAGGGGGAAAAAAACAAGCAGCCCGGCUCUGGCCAAAGUUCAAAUACUACAAUAUAUUUGCACCUUUAAAGCUCAGUAAUUAAUGUGCGUGUUGUUUGUUUAAAUUGGACACAAACAAAAUUGGCAAAGCCGCGGGCUGUGUGCGCCGCGUCAAGGACUGCUCCUCCACUUUUAUUGAGCGGAUUAAACAAACAACACAUGAAGUGUUAAUUAGUGAGCAUUAGAGGCAUUAUUAGCCGGGCGAGCUGUUUCUUCCUGUUUCGUGCUAUAAGCUAAACUAACCAUCAUCUGGCUGCGGCUUUUAUCUUCCGGACAUGAGAGCAAAAGAAAAAAAAAAUAGGGAGUUGAUUUUAAUGCUUCAUACAGGAAUCUGUUGGCUAGCUGCUCAUAGUGUUGCUGUCCUGUUUCCCCCCGUCGAGGUGUCCAGUACACAAAACCAAUUGUUAUAUCUUGAAUGUGGCUAUUGUUAGUGCACAUCCACUUUGAGAACAUCAGCCACGGUUGCUAGGAGAAUUGUGACGUAGCCCCAGAGCUUUUACGUAGAUAUCCAGAAUGAGAAUAAUGAAGUGCUGGACUUGUCUGUCCUGAUUGGAGGAAUACUCCUUUAGUGUCUCAUGUUUCCAAUAGCCCCGGUGUAGCAAAUUGAGCCUUAACUUGUGAAACUAGGAAUUAAAACUUGCUGGAUAUUUCAAGGCACGUAAACUGGUGUGUCCCCCCCCCACCUCCUCCCCAUCUACUCGGCAGUCACCAUUUACUUUGAUGUGGGGAUUUUCCUGGUGCGAGCAGCAUUUAUUAUUUCUACAUUUCAGAGGACUAAUGUGAUCACAGUUUCUCUGCCAUCUUUGUAUUUCUUCUAAUGGAGUAAUAAAUGACUCUUCUGUA